GAACAAAUUUGAAGGUUUGAAUGCGUUUAAUGAAGCUAAAAUUCCUAAGGCUGGUGUUUGCUUCGCCCGCGGUCUAUAUCUUUCGUGUUUUCCUGUUUUCAUGGAUAUUUCGCGAUACCUCACUGUCAUUGAUGCGGAACAUUGGAGAUUCUUGACAUGCCAACUUUUGACACUACUUUCCGGCUGUGUAAUGCAAAAAUGCAUGCCACCAUGUACAAAAAAUUCCAAACGCCGUCACCUUUUUGAAUUCUUCAGUGGACUUUUGGUUUUGUAUCUCGCUUAUGGAUCUCUAGUUAUUCAUAUGUUUGCUCAAGCCAUACCAGCAUACCUGAUGAUGGUUUUCCUUCCGUUGUCUGUUGCUCAGUAUGGCAUUUUAAUCUUCUCAAUGUCAUAUUUGUCUUCAGUGCAUAUUCACAGGUUUUUGUACAGUCCUAAAAUCGAUAUCACUGCGGCUCUAAUGGUUCAAACUCAAAAGUUGUCAUCUUUGGCUUUCAAUAUGAACGAUGGAGUAAAAUUGGCGAAGGAAGGAACAGUUGACCAAGACUAUCACAGGCUUCAUGCCAUUGAUCGUCGACCUCGUCUUCUGCAACUGGGUGGAUACUUAUUCUCGUUUCAUAAUGUAAUGAUUGGGCCGUUCAACUUUUUUGCUGAUUAUUUGAGAUUUAUUCAGGGUCAAGAAUCAGAACAACUCUUCAAUGAAACUGACAAAAAGCGAUUUGAAGAUAACAAGGAGGCGAUACGUUCUGCUAAAGAAGAGAAAUGGAAACAAGUGAAACUUUUAUUACUUCAUGCAAUUUUGGUUAUAUGGUCCUUUUCUAGUUUUAAACCUGAAGAUUUUUUAUCUGAAGAUUUUGCAAAAAAGAAUUACUUUCAAAAAUUUAUCUACUUGUCAAUCGCUUGUUUUGGUUUCCGUCAAAGGUUCUAUUUUGCUUGGACUUUAAGUUGCCUAUCGAAUUUAAUCGCAGGUUUUGGAUUUUCAGGAUUCAAUAGUCAAGGUGAACCAGAAUAUCGUCUUUCUACUAAUAUUUACUUUUUGCCUAUUGAACUUGGUACAAAUACAAAAGUGAUCUUAGAUUCAUGGAAUACAGCAACUACACGUUGGUUACGUGAAUGUAUCUAUGAUCGUGUGCCGAAACGUUAUGCUGUUUGGGCAGUUUUUGUCGUAUCAGCCAUGUGGCAUGGUUUCUAUCCAGGUUAUUAUUUAGCUUUUGUGUCUGCAGCUUUAAUCACAGUGGCUGGAAGAGUUUGUCGAAAACAUCUUCGGCCGUAUUUCCUCAGUUCCUAUGGAUUACAUUGUUUCUAUGAUGUACUAACAAAUAUAAGUGCAAUGUUAUGCUUGAAUUAUUUGGGUGUACCAUUCCUACUAUUGACUACUGAUAAAGUUUUGCAUUUUUGGAGACAAAUGCGUUUUAUUGGACAUAUUGGACCAUUGGCUUGCAUUAUUGCCUUGCCUUUAUUAUGUGGUAAACCGGGUGAAAUAUAAACUUUAAUGGAUGUGACAUCUAUAUAUAUUUGGAAGCGAAAAAAAUAAGAACUGUGUAAAAUACGUUAUUUUUUCAUUAUAUAUUCUCAAUGUAAUAUGUAUGACAUGUAAAGAAUUGAGCAAAAGAAUAUAAAACACACACCGGAACACCGGCGAAUCUUGUGUAUAACAUUUUCAUUUUGACUGUUAUUACUACUAUUAUUCCGUGUUUAUAAUGUUUGGGUUUGUUUUGGUCACUGUUACAUAUAUAAAUAUAUAUACAUAAUGCAACUUCACUCAAAUCUCCUAAACAUGUGCAUUAUUAUUCAUCAUUGUUCAUGAUAGUAGUGAGAUAGUCAUUUUUACUACGAUUGUAAUCGAUAACCACACACACACAAUUUACACAUACUCUCCCCUCAAGCCCAUACUGACACACACACACACACUACCCACGCGCGCUCUCUCUCGCGUUCCACCAUCAGCCGCGUUGUUCUCCAUAUCACAUUACACUAUUCCAUUCGUAUUUAUUUACAAUUGUUCUAACCAUCAUCAACAGCAGCAGCAACUUUCUACACUCAACCUAUUAAUUGUGUUAUGGUCUCAUUCGGGUUUUUUUCUCCAAAUCUUAUUCAAACUAUAUGUGUAUUUAUUUAUAUUAUUUUGUUACUCUGUUUAUCUAUUUGUUAUUGUUUGUUUUUUUAGAAUUGUACGAAACGCGCCCUUUUUUCGUGUGUGUAUGUAUGUAUGUAGAUUUAUCUUCUGAUAUUCAUGUAAAGAGAAGAAAUUUAACAACAAAUUAUGACUAC